AACACAAAAUCCUCAUAUCACAAUACAGAGAAAACUAAACGUAGGGAAUCAAAAAAUGGCUGAAGGAGUUGAGGGAAGCAUCUUUUCGCAUAGAUGUCAUUGAUGAAUACAUGAUCCAUGUGGAACAACAGCCUCAAGAUCCUGGAUGUGUAGCUUUGCUCUGUCAGCUUAGUCACUUCAUUCUAACUUUGAUGCCUCGUCAUCGAAUAGCGUCUGAGAUUCAGCAGAUUAAGUCAUUUGUUCAUGGAAUCAAUCAACAAAGUAAAGACUAUGGAUUGCAAAAGCUACUGAACGAACAAGGACAAAGCAGCUACAGAGGUAGCCAAAGUGCAUGGCAUGAACCUCGAAUGCGUUCACGUAACCUUGAUGGAGCUGGAGUUGUUGGCAUUGAAUGCCCAAGAGAUGAAUUGAUUGAUUGGUUAGUGAAGGGACCAGCAGAAUGCACUGUCAUCUCAGUGGUAGGAAUGGGAGGGCUAGGAAAAACCACUCUUGCCAGCAGAGUUUUCUACAACCAUAAGGUGAUUGCACACUUUGAUUGCCAUGCAUGGAUCACCGUGUCUCAAUCCUACACCGUGGAAGAAUUGCUGAUAAACUUGUUGAAGAAGUUGUGCAGAGAAAAAAAGGAGAAUCUUCCUCAAGGUGUUUCUGAAAUGAAUCGAGAUUCAUUGAUUGAUGAAGUGCGAGGUUAUUUGCAACAAAAGAGGUAUGUUGUGGUUUUAGAUGAUGCUUUGGGAUCAAAUUGAAAAUGUCAUUCUUGAUAACAAAAAUGGAAGUAGAAUAUUUAUCACAACUAGGAGCAAGGAUGUUGUAGACUCUUGUAAGAAUUCUCCUUUUGAUCAGGUGCAUGAGCUGAAACCUUUAACUGUUGAAAAAUCUAUUGAACUCUUUUGCAAGAAGGCAUUCCGAUGUCACAACACCAGAUGUUGUCCAGAAGACCUAGUCAGUAUAUCUGCUGACUUUGUUAAAAAGUGUGCAGGUUUGCCGCUAGCAGUUGUGGCUAUUGGUAGUCUUUUAUCUAGCAAAGAAAAGACUCCAUUUGAGUGGAAAAAAAUUAGGCAAAGUCUAAGUUCAGAGAUGGACAAAAAUCCUCAUUUAAUUGAUAUAACAAAAAUUUUAGGUUUCAGUUAUGAUGAUUUGCCGUACUAUCUUAAAUCAUGUUUAUUGUAUUUCGUAAUAUAUCCAGAAAAUUGUGAAGUUAGAUCUGAAAGAUUAAUUCGACAGUGGAUAGCUAAAGGAUUUGUAAAAGAUGAAGAAGGAAAAACUUUAGAGGACAUUACACAACAAUAUUUAACAGAGUUGAUUGGCAGGAGUUUAGUGCAAGUCUCAUCAUUUAGCAUAGAUGGCAAAGCUAGGAGUUGUCGUGUUCAUGACCUAUUACACGAGAUGAUCCUUAGAAAAUUCGAGGAUCUAAGUUUCUGCCAGCAUAUUAGUAAAGAAGAUGAGCCAAUGCCAAGUGGGAUGAUUCAACGCUUAUCAAUAGCAACCGUCUCCCAUGAUUUUUAAUGGGGAGUACGGAAAAUUCACACACCCGAUCACUGUUUGUUUUUGCAGAUAAAGAAUCAGCAUUAAUGAACAACUUUGUGCAAAAAAUCCCUACAAAGUACAGGCUAUUGAAGGUACUUGAUUUUCAAGAUAGUCCAUUGAGUUCUGUUCCUGAAAAUUGGGGAAAUCUAGCACACUUCAAGUAUUUAAACUUACGAUAUUCAGUGAUGCCAACGCAGCUUCUGAAAUUUAUUGGCAAACUUCAUAACCUUGAGACCUUAGACAUAAGGAGAACAUAUGUCAAGGAAAUGCCAAAGGAGACUCGCAAGCUUAGAAAGCUAAGACAUCUUUUGGUUGAUGAUGAGGAAUUGUCUCAAUUGAGGAGGUCUUGGAGGCAUGAGAUCCUUACAAACAUUGUCUCGUGUAAAGCUAAUUAUGGAUGAUGAUGGAGUAGAGCUAAGCAGAGAACUGGGAAUGCUGACGCAAUUAAGGAACUUAGGGUUGAAUUAUGUUAAGAAAGAACAGGGAAGUGCUCUAUUUGCCUCAAUAAAUGAGAUGAAAAACUUGGAGAAACUACAUAUUCAAACAAUUGGAGUUGAAGUCAUUGUUUGCAUCUUAUUUCAUCCCUGCCUAUGCUUCGGAGGCUUUACCUAUGAGGGAAGUUCAAUAAGUUACCAGAGUGAAUUUCACAACUCAAAAAUCUUGUGAAGUUGUCUUUGGUAAACUCCAAGUUAACUGAUGAUCAAUUGAAAUCAUUACAAAACCCUGACAAAUUUGUUGUUCCUUGACAUCAGCCAUGGUGCUUAUGAAGCUGAAUGUUUGUAUUUUGAAGAUGGGGGGUUUCAGCAACUAAAGGAACUAUAUCUGGAAUAUUUAUCUAACUUGAAUUCUAUCAUUAUUGAAAAAAGAGCACUGCUUUCUUUGAAAAAGCUCAGAAUUUCUGGAAUAUACCAACUCAAGACAGUACCUCCUGGCAUCCAACACUUGGAAAAACUUGAAUUUCUUGAUAUAUAUGAUAUGUCAACUGAAUUCAAGCAGUUCAUUGCUCCCCAUAGAGGACCAGAGCACCCAGUCAUCCAGCAUGUGCCCCUUGUAAGGAUUAAAGCCUUCGGAGAAAUAACACGUGAUAUUCAUCACUGAAGGCAUUACAAUUCAUAAAAGGUGAACACUUGGAAGCAGAUAAUGAACCAACGCACUCCACGCCUUCAAGUCUUCAACCUCCACUGUCAAGCGAGAAAACUCACCUAGAGAAAUGACAAGAGUUCAGCUUCCUCUUCUACCUGGUCUUCCUGAUGAUCUUGCUGUUACUUGUUUGAUUCGAGUACCCCGGAUUGAGCACAGGAAACUACAUUUAGUUUGCAAGAGAUGGCGCCGCCUUCUGUCUGAAGACUUCUUUUAUUCACUCAGGAAAAGUCUUGGAAUGGCAGAAGAGUGGUUAUAUGUCAUCAAAGCAGACCGUGCUGGAAGAAUUUCAGUGCAUGCUUUUGAUCCCAUCUACCAACUAUGGCAACCUCUUCCCCCUGUUCCUGGAGAUUUUCCUGAAGCAAUGUGGUUUGGUAGUGCAGUUCUUAGUGGUUUCCAUUUGUACUUAUUUGGCGGAGUAGAUCUGGAAGGAUCUAGAUCUAUUAGAUGUGUUAUUUUCUACAAUGCCUGUACAAAUAAAUGGCAUAGGGCACCCGAUAUGCUGCAGAAACGUAAUCUGUUUCGUUCUUGUGUGAUAAAUAAUUGUCUUUAUGUGUCUGGUGGGGAACUUGAAGGAAUUCAAAUGACUCGAUCUGCUGAAGUUUAUGACCCCAGCCAAAACAGGUGGAAUUUAAUAUCAGAGAUGAGCACAUCCAUGGUGCCUUUAUUUGGUGUUGUUCACAAUGGAACAUGGUUUUUCAAGGGAAAUGCAAUUGGGAGUGGUAAUUCCAUGUGUGAAGCCUAUUCACCUGAAACUGAUACUUGGACCGUAGUUACUAAUGGAAUGGUCAAUGGAUGGGAUAAAGAUUGUAUCUCUCUGAAUGGACAACUCUAUGCAUUAGGUUGCCCGGAUGGAUGCAAGCUCACUGUAUAUGAUAGAGCAACAGAUUCAUGGAGAAAGUUUAUUGAUAGCAAGCUUCAUGUGGGUAAAUUUCCAACUCUAGUAGCUGCUGCACCUGUUUCCCUUAAUGGAAAGCUCUGCAUUAUCCGCCACAAUAUGAACAUCAGUUUAGUUGACGUUUCAAGUCCUAACAACCAAGUGGAAAGCAAUCCUCGGGACCUUUGGGAAAAUAUUGCUGGAAAAGGUCAUCACAUUCGCAGGUCUUUAGUUAGAAAGUUAUGGUCAACUAUAGCAAGGCGUGGUUGUUCAAAGAGUUGCAUUGUUUGCUGUCAGGUGCUACAAGCCUGAGAAGAAAAUCCCACCUGAUAAUAUUAGUUAUGCAGUUAAGGAGAUUGUUCUCUUUGGAAAUUAACUGAAAUAUGUUUGUCCACUUUCUUGCAAUGGACAUGUAGGAGAAAUUAUGCUUCUUCCUUUAAAAUGAGGUUAGUUGUAGAUUUUUGGCAAUAGAACGAAGUCUUUCUUAUACAAUCUUGAAUAGGGGGCAGAUGUUGUAUAUGCUAUUUCGCUCUAAGGCAGGGCCUUUUCCUUUGUUACUGGAUAUAAAGUUUUUUAGGCUAUUAGAGAUAUAGUAAGUUGAAGAUUAGCAGUAAGUUUGUUAGCAUAUAUAAAGAUUUGAUGCACUUUGAACUCACCUUUCUCAUUAUCAAUACAUUCUACUUUCGUUCUAUA